ACAAGUUCAAUGGUCCCUCCUGGACAGGACUGGCAAAACUAACCACCAUGAAAAACAGUAUUUCAAAGGAAAAAUGUAAACAGCGUGAAGACAGAGGCAUGGACGAUGGACUCUAACACAAAGAAGACUGAUAAGCCCACCAUGUGCACCACCAGUGCGUGUGACCUGGAGGAGGUCCCUCUGGAUGAUGAUGACCCAAACAGCUUAGAAUUCAAAAUCCUGGAAUUCUACGUCAAACACCACGUCUUCAAGAACACUUCUGCUGUCUUCUCACCAAAGCUGCUGAGGACAAGAAGUUUGUCCCAGAAAGGGGUGGUGGCUUGUUCAGCAAACGAGUCAUGGACACAGGUGUCGUGGCCUUGCAGAAAUUCCCAAUCCAGUGAGAAGACCAUAAACCUUGCCAAGAAGAAGUCUUCUUGGAGAACGCUCUUUGGAGUAGUAGAGAAGGAGGAAGAUGCACAGAGUUUGCCUACAGUGUACCGUGCUCAGGAUCUUAGACUACUGAAACCUCAGGGUUCUCGCAGUCACCAGUCAUCUAGGGACCUUUCUAACGUGGAACAGCACUCAGAGGAUGAAGCUGUGGACCCCAAAGUUGUUUCCAUUGCCAACCGAGUUGCUGAAAUCGUCUAUUCCUGGCCGCCGCCAGAAGAGCCCCAGAACCUGGGAGGGCGCUACAGGUUUGAGGGGCUUGUUGAACAACGGGUUCUCCACCCCCAGCCCCAGAGCUCCCAGUCUAGACCUGCAAGUGCCAAGAAAGAUGAAGAAGACCAAAUAAUAGCCAAAAUCGUUGAGCUGCUGAAAUAUUCAGGGGAUCAGAUGGAAAGAGAGCUGAAGAGGGACAAGGCUUUGAAGAGCUUCCAGAACAGGCUGUCCUACUCUGUUAUCGAGACCAUCACAGACCAGUUCCUAAUGGGUGUGGACACGAGGGGAGAAUCAGAGGUCAAAGCUCAGGGCUUUAAGGCUGCUCUUGCAAUAGACGUCAUGGCCAAGCUCACUGCCGUCUACAACCACCCCAUGAACAGGAUGCUGGGCUUCGGAACCAGGUACCUGAAAGAGCGCUUCUCGCCCUGGGUCCAGCAGCACGGUGGAUGGGCAAAAGUGCUUGGGAUAUCACAUGAAGAGGUAGACUGAAACAUCAGAAGAUUUGGAAUCUGGAAUACUCACUGUCCAACUGUGGUCCUGUGUACAUCGGUCUCAGCAUAGAUUACAGGAGAAAAUAAAAAUGUACAAGGCAGAUGGAGCAUUGAAGUGUUCAAACCCAUUAUUCCUGUGAAUCAAGAGGCAUCAGGAGAGGCCUUGUUCGUCUCCAGCUCAUAGAGUGUAGUAGCAUGGUCCUUGACAUCUGCAUUUUUCAGGCCCUCCAUUGAGUGUAUGAGGAGGUCUAGAAAACAAGUGGCAAUUCUCCUUUCAGAUGUUCAGAACAGAAACCAUCAUCCUGCCUCUGUUGGCCACUUUAGGGAAAGUGUGUUACAGAUAUAAGCUGAGCUCAUGAGGGCGAAAUGAUAAAUUGUGCAUGUGCUGACUCUUUGGUUUCCGGGACUGUUUAUUUUUUAAACUACACUUGGGAUGGCCUAAUAAUGACAUUGUUUCAAGCUUACCUUUAGAAAGAUGUUGCUGUUCAUGUUGGUAGACAUAGCUGAAGAGACUCUUGAGUUUACUGCUAUAUCUGCUAGUUUGGGGGGAUACUACAUAUUUGCCUUUUUGACUCACUUCUCUGGAAAAAUUCUUUGGCAGUUUGAAAAACUUCCAUUUGGCAAAAAACAAUUACUCCUACCACCCACAACUCUCUCAGUGACCCCACCUCUAUUUCUCAAGGUCUCUGGGACUUUCUUUGUUAUAUCUCGUGGUAGUGUAAUAAUUACUAGCUGGAAAAAUAAAUAUGUGGAAAGACCACUUAUGAUGUG